AUGGUCAAUCAAAAGUUCCAGACGUUGCCUCAGUACCUAGCCUACUGGCCGGGCUGUCUUACGGAGCUGAUUGUGGCUUCGCAGCGCUUCACCGCCCAGAAUCAGCCCGCUUGCCUGCUGAGCCUUCGGGAUGUGAAGCGCUGUGUAGAAUUGGUUUAUUGGUUCAAGGACCACCUCAAAUAUCGGACGGAGGCGAGACGAUGGGAUGGCACACGAAAUGCAGCAGCGACAAGCGAUGUAAACUCGGAGAUGUUUCUGCGAGCUGUCUUGAACGGGCUCGCAGUGUCAUACCACUGUCGCUUGCCCACACGCAAGCUUCGGUUUGACUAUCGCCGGCUGAUCGCUGAGAUCCUUGCAGAGCGUCGCGUGCAGCUGCCGCAGAAAGGGGGUUGGACCAGGAACGGGUGGACGGAGUGGGAACCCGAGUCGGUCGUGAACUGGUUGCUCAAAAACGAGAUGCAUCAGUACAUGGAGCGCAUGCGCCUUCCUGAGAUGACAGCA